ACAAGGAAGACCCGAUGAACAAGUCGGAGGUGGUGGUGCAGUUCCCUUGCAGCGACAGGUUUAAGCCCUCUUACGUUCACAGCUUUGGGCUGACCUCAAACUACAUAGUGUUUGUUGAAACACCAGUGAAAAUCAACCUCUUCAAGUUCCUCUCCUCCUGGAGCCUCUGGGGAGCCAACUACAUGGACUGCUUCGAGUCCAACGAAACCAUGGGGGUCUGGCUUCACGUGGCAGAGAAAAAGAAAGGCAGGCUCCUCAACAUCAAAUACCGCACCUCGGCCUUCAACCUUUUCCAUCACAUUAACACCUACGAAGAUAACGGAUUUCUGAUCGUUGACCUCUGCACCUGGAAGGGGUUCGAGUUUGUUUACAAUUACCUCUACUUAGCCAACUUGCGAGCAAACUGGGACGAGGUGAAGCGACAGGCAGAGAAAGCCCCGCAGCCCGAAGCCCGCAGAUACGUGCUGCCCCUGAACAUCGACAAGGCUGACACGGGCAAGAACUUGGUCACCCUGCCCUACACAACAGCUACGGCGACGCUGCGCAGCGAUGAGACCAUCUGGCUGGAGCCAGAAGUUAUUUUCUCAGGGCCGCGCCACGCUUUUGAAUUUCCCCAGAUCAAUUACAAGAAAUACGGUGGGAAACCUUACACGUACACGUAUGGGCUGGGGCUGAAUCACUUUGUCCCAGACAGGCUUUGCAAGUUGAAUGUUAAAACAAAGGAGACCUGGGUGUGGCAGGAGCCGGAUUCGUACCCAUCGGAGCCGAUCUUCGUUUCCCAUCCAGAUGCCCUGGAGGAAGAUGAUGGGGUUGUGCUGAGCAUCGUGAUCAGCCCGGGCGCAGGGCCGAAGCCCGCCUACCUCCUGAUCCUGAACGCCAAAGACAUGAGCGAGGUUGCCAGGGCUGAAGUGGAGGUGAACAUCCCCGUGACCUUCCACGGACUCUUCAAAAGAGCGUGA